AUGUUACAAGUAUUGAUUUCGGAACAAAAGUCUAAUGUAAUUUGUUUACAAGAAACCCAUCUCAGAAAUGAUGAAACUCCGAGUUUGAGAAAUUUCCAACCUUUUCUUAAAAACAGAGACGUACAGGGAAAGGCAAGUGGUGGCGUAGCUAUAUUUGUCCAAGAAAACAUUCAGGCAAAUCUUAUUGACAUAGAUACUAAAUUAGAAGCUAUUGCUGUCACAUUAGAAGAAAGCAAAAUUUCGAUCUGCAAUAUAUAUCUUCCUCCAAAUGAAAUAAUUGAUAUAUUGGAUCUUCUGAGCUUGAUAGAACAAAUUCCUCAACCACGUAUUAUGGUCGGUGAUUUCAACGGCCAUAAUAUCAUAUGGGGUUCUCUUGUCACCAAUAGUAGAGGUCGGACGAUCGAAAAAUUAAUUAACCACUUUAAUCUUUCUCUGUUAAACGAUGGAAGCAAAACCAGAUUCAAUGCGCACACGGGAGAAUCCUCCGCCUUGGACCUCACGAUGUGUGACCCCACUCUUACUCCUCUACUAACACGGGAAGCUCUACCUUUCAACUACAACAGUGAUCACAAUCCAAUAGUGAUAUCCAACAACCUGAGAAGUCAACAGCCGGAUAACCCGAUUCUAAAAUGGAAUAUCAAAUCAGCUGACUGGAAACUUUUUUCUGCCACAAUAGAGAAAGAUAUAGCAACUUGUGAAAUCACUGACAAUAUAGACGAAACUCUAGCCAACUUCAACAGAGUCGUUCUGCAAGGAGCUGUGAUUGCUAUUGGAAAAACUUCUUUUAACCCUAAACAUAUUCCGGUUCCCUGGUGGAGCAAUGAAUGCAAACAGGCAAUACGUGAUAGUAAAAGAGCAUUCAACAAAUGUAAACGAUACAACACUACAGAAAAUAUAAUUCAGUUCAAAAAACUCAGAGCAAUAUCAAGAGUAACAAUCAAGAAUGCUAAGAGGACUUCAUGGAGACAGUAUAUUUCGAGUAUCAAUAGCUCAACACCUAUGACCGAAGCAUGGAAAAAGGUGAGGAGUAUAUCGGGAGCUAAUACUUACCAAGGAAUCAAUAUCUUGAAAGUGGAUAAUCAAACUGUAUCAGAUAAACAAGAGAUUGCGGAGACUCUGGCAGAAAUGUAUAGAGAAAACUCAUCUUCCUCCCAUUAUGACGAAUCAUUCUUGGCAAAAAAACGUGAUGAAGGGGAAGUUGAAAUACCCAUCGUCAUAGACUAUGAGGACCCCUUGAACAUGCCUCUAAGUAAAGAAGAAUACGAAGAUGCCCUCUCAACGUUCAAUAAUACAAGUCACGGCCCCGAUGAGAUCCCAGUAAUUUUCAUGAAUAAUCUCCCACAUAAUGCACAUGAACUUCUUUUACGCAUAUACAACAUAAUAUGGAUAGAACACAAAUUUCCUUCAGCAUGGUCAGAGGCAAUAAUUGUUCCCAUCCUCAAAGCACUGACAAAGUCAGUUCUGGGUAAUUUCAAGGAUGAAUUCCCAAAUGAUCCAAUAAUCAGCUUUUACGGUACAGGUGCUAAAGCGUAUUAUGUGAAAUCUGUUGAUGAUGAACUGAAGAAGGCCAAAGGCGUCAAACGAUCUGUUAUAAAGAAUGAAUUGACAUGUGAAGACUAUGAAAAAAUCAUCGAAGAAGGAGAACCAAUCACUGUUGAGAAAUUUGAUGAGAACGAAAUUCAAAAAAUCGAUUUUCAUAAUUUUGAUAAUUACCCUAAGCAAAAUUUAGAUUUUUCAAAAAUUCGAUGUGACCAUUUGAAUGACGAGGAAAGAUCUAAAAUACUUUCGCUGUGCAAAGAAUUCUCUGACAUAUUUUAUUAUGAAAAUACCUCGCCAUUGGUAUACCUCGACGAUAUUAUUAUCUUCUCGACUUCCCUCCAAGAACACUUUGAGAGCCUUAAAUCUGUCUUCAACAGGCUGAGAAGCUCAAACUUCAAAAUUCAGCUGGAUAAAUCGGAAUUCCUACGAAAGGAAGUAGCCUAUCUGGGACACGGCGUGACUCCCGAAGGUGUCAAGCCGAAUCCAGAUAAAAUCACAGCCAUCAGAAAUUUCCCCGUCCCAAAAACCACCAAACAAAUCAAAGGAUUCUUGGGUUUGUUAGGUUACUAUCGACGCUUUAUCAAUAAUUUCGCUAGACUAACGAAACCAUUAACCAAAUGCCUGAAGAAAGGCGCAAAAAUUGAACAUAAUGAAGAGUUUUGGAUUUUGGAAUGUUUCAAUACCUGCAAAAACCUGUUAAUCAAUGAUCCGAUUUUGCAGUACCCCGACUUUUCUGAACCUUUUAAUCUCACCACGGACGCAAGUAAAUUCGCCCUAGGAAUUGUCCUUUCUCAAGGCCCUAUAGGCCAAGACCUUCCAGUUGCAUACGCAUCUCGGACCCUGAACGACUCUGAGCAAAAUUACUCAGUCAUUGAGAAAGAGCUUCUCGCGAUCGUAUGGGCUACCAAAUACUUCCGCCCAUAUUUCUUUGGACGAAAGUUCAAUUAAGUCACUGACCACAAACCCCUUCAGUGGUUAUUCUCUCUGAAGGACCCCAACUCAAAAUUGCUGAAAUGGCGGAUCAAACUAGAGGAAUACGAUUAUACCAUAAUCUACAAAAAAGGCAAGUUGAACACCAACGCCGAUGCUUCAUCCCGUGUCGAAAUCCACACUAAGGACACAAAAACCUUUUGGGAGGAAUUGGAUGACAUACUAGACGAAUCACAACGUCUAACAAAUCAAAGUGUCACUUUCAGUGGUCAAGGAAACCCAAAUUUCAUUAUUGUAUUGUUUUUCAGGGAUCUAGAUAAAAUGCAGCAUGUGUUAUUAACCCAUGGUGAUUCAAUAGAUAAAAUAGCAGAUAGUUUUCGAUCAAUAGCACAUAGUUCAUCAUUUUGUGCUGGUAUAUGGAAUGAAAAACUGCAUUUGUAUGGCCUUCAGUUCCACCCCGAAGUAGAUUUGACUCCAAAUGGAAAAAUAAUGUUGAAAAACUUUCUAUUCGACAUAGUUGGAUUCACCGGCAAUUACACAAUCCAAGAAAGAGAAAAAGAAUGUAUAAAAUACAUUAAAGACACUGUUGAUAACAAUAAAGUUCUGUUGUUACUCAGCGGUGGUGUGGAUAGUACAGUUUGUGCAGCUUUAUUACAUAAGGCUUUAACUCCUGAACAAAUUAUAGCAAUCCAUAUUGAUAAUGGGUACAUGAGAAAAAAUGAAAGUUCUAAAGUGCAUAGCACUUUAGUGAACAUGGGCGUCAAUUUGAAAGUGAUAAAUGCUGCUCCCACCUUUUCUAAAGGCACGACAAUAGUCCCGCUUGACAAAUCAGGAAGUAGGAGAACUAUAGUAACUAAAACGUUAUGCAUGAAUUAUAAUCCCGAAGAGAAAAGAAAGAUAAUAGGAGACACGUUUGUUAAAAUUACCGACGAAAUUAUUGCAGAUCUUAAUCUCAACCAGGAGCAGGUGUUUCUGGGACAAGGAACCUUAAGGCCAGACUUGAUUGAGUCUGCAUCUAAGUUGGUAUCUUCCAAAGCAGAUACCAUUAAAACUCAUUUUAAUGACUCUGAGCUUAUCAGAAAAUUGCGUGAAGAAGGGAGAAUAGUUGAGCCACUUAAAGACUUCCAUAAAGAUGAGGUAAGAUCUAUUGGAAGAAAUUUGGGUUUAUCGCCUGAGAUAGUAAUGAGGCAUCCUUUUCCUGGUCCUGGACUAGCAAUAAGAGUUAUAUGUGCAGAAGAACCUUAUAUAGAAAGGGAUUUCUCAGAAACGCAAGUUUUAGCAAAAAUUAUAGUAAGAUUUCAUGACAUGUUAGAGAAGCAACAUGCUUUGUUGAAUAGAGUAGAGGGAGUAAUAAAUGAUGAAGAAAGAAUUCAAGUUGAAUCCGAAGAAAACAUUAUUUUGGCAAUGAAUGCAAUUGUGCAUGGAAUAAGUACAAUUUAUGAAAUAAUAUGUUCAUAGGAAUACAGUAAUAAGUUCACGAUACUAUAAAUACAGUAACAUGUCUUGUAUCAAAUCCUCUGAAAGUCUAAUAUUUCGAAGUGAACUUAUCAA